AUGGCAGACCAUGAAAAACAACAACAACCUCACAAUGAAAACUACUCCAUCCCAGUCUGGCGCAAAUGCAUCAUCCUCUUCGUCGUCAGCUGGAUGACUCUCACCGUCACCUUCUCCAGCACUUCUCUGCUGCCAGCCACCCCCGAAAUCGCAGACGAAUUCAACACCACCUCCGAAAUCAUCAACGUCACCAACGCCGGCGUCCUCCUGGCCAUGGGCUUUUCCUCGCUCAUCUGGGGUCCGGUGGGUAAUCUGAUCGGGCGCAAGAAUGCAUACAACAUUGCCAUCUCCAUCCUCACUGCUUGUUCGGCUGGCACGGCAGCAUCAAUCAACUUUUCCAUGUUUACGGCGAUGCGCAUUUUGGCCGGGUUGACGGGGACCUCGUUUAUGGUGUCUGGUCAGACGAUUUUGGCGGAUAUUUUUGAGCCUGCAGUUCGUGGGACGGCAGUGGGAUGCUUCAUGGUUGGAAGUGUGACUGGGCCUGCAAUUGGACCCUGCAUCGGUGGUCUCAUCGUCACCUUCUCCCAAUGGCGCAUCAUCUACUGGCUCCAAGUAGCAAUGGCAGGCUUCGGAUUAGCCCUCUCUCUUAUUUUCGUCCCAGACAUUGAACAGAAAGAGAAACAAAAAGUCGAGGUCAAACGCACUCCCCUAUCCAUCCUGAGCAUGUUCAAUCCGAUCAGGAUUAUCAAGCUUUGGGUUUAUCCCAACAUUUUCCUUGCUGACCUCACCUGCGGCCUCCUCGCCUUCUUCCAAUACUCUCUCCUCACCUCCGCCCGCUCCAUCUUCAACCCCCGCUUCCACCUCACCUCCGGCCUCGUCAGCGGCCUCUUCUACCUCGCCCCGGGCUCCGGCUUCCUCGUCGGCAGCGUCCUCGGCGGCAAACUCUCCGACCGCACCGUGCGCCGCUACAUCCGCAAACGCGAUGGCGUCCGUUUGCCUCAAGACCGUCUGAAUAGCGGCAUCAUCACCCUCUUCGGCGUCCUCCCCAUCGCAACCCUCAUUUACGGGUGGACGCUGCAGGAGGAAAAGGGCGGCAUGGUGGUGCCGAUUAUUAGUGCAUUUUUUGCGGGGAUGGGGUUGAUGGGCUCGUUUAAUGGGUUGAAUACUUAUGCGGUAGAGGCCCUCCCGCAUAAACGAGGCGAAGUCAUCGCCGGGAAGUACAUUGUGCAGUAUAUGUGCUCGGCGGGGAGUUCAGCGGCCGUCGUGCCUAUGAUUGAUGCCAUUGGGGUGGGGUUGGCAUUUACUAUUUGUAAGUUGUUUAUUCUGGAUUUGCUUUGUUGGUAUACUUUCUAA